UCACCAAAAACAGAACGUUUUUUUUGAUCAAAAAACAGAACGUUAACACAAAACAAAAACAAAAACAAUGUCUACUGUUCUAUAUAUCUCUGCGUUUCUGCUUCUCCCCGCUCUUUUCACGUUAAUAUUCGUGAAGAGAACCAAAGACUCGACACAAAAUCUUCCUCCUAGCCCACCACAGCUUCCUAUCAUCGGCAACCUACACCAGCUUCGAGGAUUGUUUCACAGAUGUCUUCAUGAUCUCUCCAAGAAACAUGGACCCGUGUUGCUUCUCCAUCUUGGUUCUCUCCAAAUAGUUGUAAUCUCAUCAAGCGAAGCAGCUGAAGAAGCUCUUAAAACCCAUGACAUUGAGUGUUGUACAAGGCCUAAGACCCACGCCACAUUGAAGUUCUCGCGUAACGGUAAAGACAUUGGCUUUGCACCAUAUGGUGAGGUUUGGAGGCAGAUACGCAAGCUUUCCGUUCUCAACUUUUUCAGCGCCAAGAAGGUUCGGUCAUUUAGGUACAUCAGAGAGGAAGAGAAUGACUUGAUGGUCAAGAAACUGAAGGAGUUAGCUCAAAAGAAGUCUCUAGUGGAUUUGAGCCAAGAACUUUACUAUCUAGCCGGAAGUAUCAUAUUUAGAUCUGCCUUUGCACAGCGAUUCUACGAGAACGAACAUGUUGAUAAGGAAAAGAUCAAAGAGUUCAUGUUUGAGCUCCAGAAAGUUGGGUCUAUAAGUAGCUCUGAUCUUUUCCCUGCUGGUUUGGGAUGGUUUAUGGACGUUGUAUCAGGACGACAUAGGAGACUUCACAAACUUUUUGGCGAGGUUGAUACUUUUCUGAAUCAUAUAGUUGAUGAUCACUUGAAGAACCCUGAAGAUAAAACAAAUCCAGAUCGCCCUGAUAUAGUUGACUCGCUCUUAAAUACUAUGCAUAAAGAAGAACAAGGUGAAUCUUUCAACCUCACCAUUGAUCAUCUUAAAGGAAUCAUCCAAAAUAUAUAUCUUGCUGGAGUAGACACAAGUGCCAUCACCAUGAUUUGGGCAAUGACAGAGCUCGUUAGAAACCCACGGGUGAUGAAAAAAGCUCAAGACGAGAUCCGUACAUGCAUCAAAAUCAAACAAAAUGAGAGAAUUGAUGAAGAAGAUGUUGAUAAGCUGCAUUACUUGAAGCUUGUGAUCAAAGAAACGUUAAGACUGCACCCAGCUGCUCCCUUGUUACUCCCAAGAGAAACAAUGAGUCAAAUAAAGAUUCAAGGCUACAACAUUCCGCCAAAAACCUUCCUAGUGGUUAACACUUGGUCGAUAGGACGAGAUCCUAAACACUGGGAAGAUCCAGAAGAGUUUAUCCCGGAGAGAUUUAUUGAUUCUCCUGUGGAUUACAAAGGACAAAGCUUUGAGAUGUUACCAUUUGGUUCUGGACGGAGGAUGUGCCCUGGAAUGGCUUCAGCGAUUGCAACCAUUGAGUUGGGACUCUUGAAUUUGCUUUACUAUUUCGAUUGGGGAUUGCCUGAGGAGGGGAAAUACAUGGACAUGGAAGAAGAUGGUAAUAUUACCGUUGUUAAGAAAGUUCCUCUUAAGCUUCUUCCAAUUCUUCAUCACUAAAUGAUGGCUCAACUCUGAAGUAUACAAAAGAUAAAAAAAAACGAACUAUCAAGAUAAAUGAUAUGUAUCAUAGUAUAUGUUCUUAUUUUCCCCCUCCAUAUAAUUUUUACUUCUAUUGAAAUAGUUUAAGCUAUAAAGAAAUCUCUAUGGAAUGAUCUGCAGCUUGUUGAUCAAACGUAUAGUGUGUCUUCUUUUGUGUUGAAUAAUAAAAUAGAUAGUGUACUUUUACAAUAUUCCAA